UUGAAUCUCUUAAUCCAUACCUUCUCUGACUUCAUGACUCAUCAGCAUUCUCUGAGACCUAAAUUGCCAUUGCUUCUCCACAAACACAUCUCUAUCUCUAUGUUUGAACAUAGAUAUCACUGUCGAACAGCAAAUCCCAGGCUUUACUAUAAAUAUAUGUGCAUAGCUCCAUUUAUUCCAGCAACCUUUGCAUAUCAAUCCAAGAUUGUCUUCUGUGUCUCUUCCAAAAGUGAAGAUCACAAUGUUCCUAAAAACCCAUUCUCUCCCACUUCUCAUUACAUUAAUCUCUUUGCCUUUUCCCUCCUGUUUUGGCAGUUACAGAUUAUCAGAGGACCCAUUUCACAUUGAUUUUCGUCAAGCCCAUGCUUAUCGCCGCCCAACAACCUAUCAUCCAUAUUCGCGCACCUUUGGCGUUUCUAACCAACGAAACUACCACAAUCCCAACCCUGCAAACCUGUUCAACUAUAACAAUGAAAUUUGGUCGAGGCUUGAUAGAGCACGUGCUCCGGUGGCUCCAAAGAUAGUGAAUGUAGAUGAUUUUGGAGCUAAAGCUAAUGGAAGAGACGAUUCUCAGGCAUUUAAGACAGCGUGGAAGUAUGCUUGUUCUUCUUCUCAAGGAGCUAUUCUGGUGGUCCCUAAGAACAAGAUUUAUCAUCUUAAGCCAAUUGAUUUCUCAGGACCUUGCAAAUCUGCUCUUGUAAUGAAGAUCUACGGAACAAUUAAAGCCACUGUCAAUCACUCAGAUUACAAAAAAGAUGGAAGAAGAUGGCUUUACUUUGAAAAUGUUCAAAAUUUAAAAGUAGAAGGUGGAGGCAUCAUCAACGGUAAUGGCAGAACAUGGUGGCAAAAGUCCUGCAAAAUCAACAAAGCCCUUCCUUGCAAGGAAGCGCCAACAGCUGUAACCUUCUAUAAAUGCAGUAACCUUAGAGUAGCAGGACUGCGGAUAAAAAAUGCACAACAAAUGCAUCUUAUAUUUCAAAAAUGUGUCAAUGUAAAAGCCUUUAAUCUUUUCGUGAUCGCACCUGGAAACAGCCCCAACACUGAUGGAAUUCAUGUCACUGAAACCCAGAAUAUUAACAUUAAGAACUGUGUCAUCAGGACAGGUGAUGAUUGUAUCUCUAUCGUGAGCGGCUCCAAAAAUGUUCGAGCCACGGGUAUAACUUGUGGACCAGGCCACGGAAUCAGCAUUGGGAGCUUAGGAGCUAGAAAUUCUGCAGCUCAUGUCUCCAACGUAAUAGUGAAUAGAGCAACACUUUCAGGAACCACCAACGGAGUUAGAAUAAAGACUUGGCAGGGAGGAUCGGGGUAUGCCAAAAACAUCAAAUUCCAAAAUAUUGUGAUGCACAACGUCAGCAAUCCCAUAAUUAUUGAUCAAAACUAUUGUGACCAACAAAAACCAUGCUCCAAACAGGUGUCAGCGGUGCAAGUGAGCGAUGUGCUUUAUCAAAACAUCAGAGGAACAAGUGCCUCUAACGUGGCGGUGAAAUUCGAUUGCAGCCAGAGCUUUCCUUGUCGAGGGAUUUUCCUGCAAGAUGUAGCUUUAAGACCUCAAGAAGAAGAUAUUGCGGAAGCUUCAUGUGCUAAUGUUAAAUUAUCUUAUCGAGGGAAUGUUUCUCCACCUUGCUCAUCUUGAUCAAAUUCCCUUGUUCUUUAAUUAAUUAAUUAAUUAAUCUUUUAAAUGCUUGGUUCUGACUUGUGACUUCUGUACAUUAACACUAUCUAAGUAUUUUAAUUUGAUGUUAUACAUGCUUAAUUUAGU